AUGGUGGGUCUUCCUCGUUGCGACCUCGACGAUCUAGGGAAGCCGCAGCUCCGGAAAUGUCCGUUUGACAUUGACAGCAUCUCCUGGCUUGAACGCCUCGGUGGUGGGCGGGACGGCUACUGUUGGAAAGUAAAGUUUGGUGACAAGGGCCCAUUUGCAUUAAAGCUGUUUUGGGACGGGAAAAGGCCCGACUUUGGAGAAGGCGCUUUUGCCCUCGAACGCGAAUGCCGAAAUGCUGCCCUGCUACAAAUGAUGGAAGCAGCAAUCGACAAGGGCAGCGUCGUAGGACAGCCGGUUAUGGUGUACGCGAACCCCCAGGAGUGGGUAGAUGCUGUCGACAACGUUCGAUCCUUCUCAACGGAGAUGCACCAGAACCCGGACAUGCUGAUAAAGCACGCGGCCGAGAUCGACAUGGAGCUUCGGCCCAUUACCUCGGUCCCUCGCCUGCGUAAAUGUUAUGGCUGGAUCUCGCUCCGCGGCAGCAUGCUUAGGGACCUGCCUGGGCCGAUACGGCCGCCGCCCGUUUACGUGGAGCGCAAACUGACACGGAGAGUGGACUACGGAAGCGAUGAGACAGAGCACAUAGCCAUCGUCUACGAGUACGUUAAAGCAGGAGAGAAUGAACUGGCCAAGGUCCAGGAAACGGUAUGUCUUACGGCGACCCGCACAGCGGCAACACCUCUCAGAGGGGACGACAAGGAGGUCCUCUUCCUGGACUGGCAGGUUGCCCAUAUCGGCACCGCCUUCCACGACCUGGCCUACUUCGUGGUCAGCAUGCUGACCGUCGACGAGCGCCGGACGCACGGGAUGGUCGUGCUAACGCGUACUUGGCAACGCUGGCAUGCCAUGACGGCCCAACACUGA